ACUGCAGCAGCACCAGCGCUUCUUUCUCCCGUUCCCCGCGUCCCGUUAAGACCGUGUUUGUAUAUGGCACAAAGUGGACAGAAAAUCAUUGUAUGACGGAUGGACAGACGAACGGUCUUCUCUGCGUUCAGCCCGUGACUGUGUGGAUUUCGAUUGGUUUGUGAACCAAAAUUGGCUUCGCGAUUCCGUCGCCGUGAGUUACGCGUUUUCGGGAGCAUCGAUUGCCUUACGGGGGAUGUGAAUGUCCGCCGCGGUCGAUUCGGGGAUCCGAUUUCCGUUGUGUAGUGCAGUGAAAUCGAGUGGAAAAUUUUUGCAUCAUCAGCAGGUUGAGAAACCGUGCAGCAGACGGAAUCUGUAAAAGUUCAGGAGUCGACGUCACAACCGAAGAUGGAUUGAAAUUCGGAAGAUGUGAAGCUGAGAAGGCAAAGUCAUUGAUCAAGAAGAAACGCAAAUUAUUUAUUGUAGGUGCGGUUCCAAGUGGAAAAUUUUGGGUUCCAAGUUAUAAAAGGAAAACCAGGUUCAAGAAGUGAAGGUGAAAUAAUUUGGUGUACCUUAUUUAAAAACGAAACAUGCCACCUCAGGCAUAAGUGAAAAGAAAUAAUAUGUGAAAGAGAUUCGUCUCGUAAAAAAAGCCAGUCAAGCAGAACCGGAGGAACAAAUAGCUGAAAAGCGGAAUAGAAGGCGCCAGAAGGUGACGAACCAUUCAAAGAUUAUACAUACUUCGAACAGAGCAGUUUCAAAAAUCGCUACGUUGGAAAAGCUUAACCGGAGUAUCAAUACUCCCGAAGGGAUUAGAUAAAGCCUGCACUUUGACCAGUCAUCGGGUCGUCCACCGGAGCAAGUCAAUCCAACAUCAAAAGCGCUCCCUCAUCUGCGACUCGCUCUCUCCCCCCGCGUUAUGUGGCUCUGUACGAAGACGAUCGCAAUGAUGACUUGAGUCACGUUUGCAGUUCGAAAAAGAAAAAAAAAGUGUAUCUCCAAUUAAUGCCGAGGCUUUCGUCGUCGGAGUCAUCUGUUUUGUCGACGGGGCACGGCGCCUGCACCCGAGUACAUCACCAAGCAACGACAGCAGCAACAACUACACCAUCAGUUCGAUAGCUAGUCUACCAGCUUGUAAGACAGCAAUGUUCGGACGGAAUUCCUCAACAAGGUGGUGACAAUUUCCUUCAGGUUACAUGUAUCGUACAAAAUGGACGCGAAGCGUAACUCGCAGCAGCGGAACCUCAAGACGACCAUAUUGACCAACUUUAUCAAAAAGAUGGCAUUCACCGGUUCGCUGAGGAAAACCCUUUUCGGGCUUCUACUGGUGAUGGUGUUCUUAGUGAUGCUGCUAUACUGGAACGAAAACCAAAGCUCCAUAAAACCAGCCGCUUCGGAUAUGCUGUUCGCUGGUAUUUUCCACCGAAAAGGAGUGGCCGGUAGCGAAAUGGGUGGAGGACUUGGUGCGCUGCCACCGCCAAAAGCAAAUUCACCGGAAAAGGCUUGGACGUACAAGUGCGUCAACAAUCGAUGCGUUCGACAGCACUACAUUGAGCCUAGCGAUCCGGAAAGUGCGUUUGGUGGCAGCACAACGGGGAGACGGGUUUCGUUCCUCACUUGCACGAUGACUUGCGGUCCGAUCAAUAUUUGGCCUCAACCAACGGGGAAGGCUUCGAUUGGCAGUAAAGCUACCCGAUUCAGUUUGGCGAAUAUGCAUUUCAACGUAAAAACCGCCCACAAACCGGUGGAGGAUCUACUGUGGGACGCUUUCCGGGUAUUCAAGGAAGAGAUCCGCGCUGUUUUGGUAGCGCAUAGUGCAGGAGAUGAUGAGGGUGAUAGUUCAUCCGCGACAGAAAGUGGUGCUUCUGAGCAGCAGGAGAAUGGUGCUAAAAUAGGAAGUCCGGUGUCUAAGAUUCGAUUCUACAAGACUGUUGAUGAUAGUCAGCUGGAUGUGGAUCGGUUUGAUAUGCGAAUACACGUUGUGAAGUCGCCGGAUGUUCAUCUUACUAUGCACACAGACGAGAGCUACAAUAUGACGGUUGGGCACACUGCACGCUCCCUAGUGGUAAAAGUGUUUGCCAAUAGCUUUUUUGGGGCGAAGCACGCCCUCACCACGCUGCAACAGUUGAUUUGGUUCGACGACGAGGAACGCAUCCUGAAAGUAUUGAACAAAGCCUUAAUUGAAGAUGUGCCAAGAUUUAAUUUCCGUGGCCUUAUGUUAGAUACAUCGAGACACUAUUUCUCCGUAGACUCGAUAAAACGAAUGAUGGUAGGAAUGUCUCACUCCAAACUGAACCGCUUCCAUUGGCACAUUACGGAUUCGCAGAGCUUCCCGUUGGUGUCAAAGCAUUAUCCGCAGUUGGCACAGUAUGGAGCAUAUUCGGAUCGGGAAAUUUACACGGCGGAAGAUGUUCGAGAAAUUGUAGAAUUUGCAAAGGUGCGAGGUAUCCAGGUUAUUCCGGAAAUUGAUGCACCUGCACACGCCGGUAACGGCUGGGAUUGGGGUCCGAAGCACAACCUCGGUGAUUUGAGCCUGUGCAUUAAUCAACAACCGUGGAGUUACUACUGCGGAGAACCUCCCUGCGGCCAGCUCAAUCCCAAAAACAACAACACUUACCUGAUCCUGCAGAAACUGUACGAGGAACUGCUGGAACUGACGGGUCCACUGGACUACUUCCAUCUCGGGGGCGACGAAGUCAAUCUGGAAUGCUGGCAGCAGCAUUUCAACGAGUCGGACAUGCGUACGCUGUGGUGUGACUUCAUGCAACAGGCGUACCACCGGCUGCAGAUUGCCAACAAAGGGGUGGCCCCCAAAAUGGUGGCCGUGUGGUCCAGUGGUUUGACAAACUAUCCGUGCCUUUCCAAGAGUUCCUUUGCGGUGCAAGUGUGGGGCGGAAGCAAGUGGCAGGAGAACUAUCAGCUGAUAAGUGCCGGAUUCAAUUUGGUUAUUUCGCACGUGGACGCAUGGUACCUGGAUUGCGGUUUCGGUAGUUGGCGGUCGACGGCUGAAGGCGCCUGUUCGCCAUAUCGCAACUGGCAAACCGUCUACAAGCACCGGCCGUGGGACGAGAUGAAGCUAACCUCGCUGCAAAUGCGUCAGAUUCUCGGUGGCGAAGCGUGCCUCUGGACCGAACAGGUGGACGAAUCUACGCUUGAUUCCCGUCUGUGGCCCCGAGCGGCAGCCCUCGCCGAACGCCUGUGGACCGACCCGGUUGAGGAAAUCUACAGCGAAUCCGUGCCGAAGGACACCUUCAAUCGGAUGUCCGUCUUCCGCAACCAUCUGCUCGAGCUGGGCAUCCGAGCGGAGCCGAUCUUCCCGAAAUACUGCGCCCAGAAUCAGGACGAGUGCGUAUGAUAUUCGAUGAGCCCGUUCUACUAAAGAACACACAGGGAUCGCGGCGUACACUUUCGGUGCACGCUCGAGGAAGAAUGACGAGCGAUCGUCGUCGUCGUUGUUGCUAGAUUUUCGUAAGGAUUGUAAAUAUUUGUACAACCAUGUAGGAUAGAAACGCGCUUAACCUGGACAAACCACUUAAUUAAGGUUUCAAACACAAGCGAGAUUUUAGCAUAGCCCAAGGAGGAGGGGAUGAAGUAAAAAACUGAUGAGGUUAAAACGGAUGAAGGUCACUACAAGUAAGGACAAAAGUAAGAACCGACAAACACACACACAAAAACACUGAUGGUUGUAUACUUAUAAGAAAUUUCAAAACAGGAUAUAGUAAAAACUGAAACAAUGAGUAGUUCAUGCAAAUAGUUGACAUAUAUUUUUUAAGAAAAUAAAUUAUAUUUUUAAAUCUACACAUACACACUCACUCAUAGGAGCAGCGUGUUACAAUUCGGAAAAAAAAUGUGAGAGCAUGUUUAAUGGACUAUUGUAGGUUUAGUCAUGUACAUCAUUGAAAUGUUCAUUUUUUAUAUGAAAAUACAGAAACAUGAACUAUCAUAAAGUUGAGUACAUUUGUAUUUAAAAAAGUUAUUACAGUAAGUACAGUUCAUCCAUUUGAAUGAGUACCAUUUGAAAACAUGCCUUUAAAAAGAAUUAAAUGAACAAAAAUGAGUUUCUAGUAGAUAAAUGUAAAUUUUGUUUGCCAAUAAUGCAAAAUAACAAGAGUGAUAAAGAAAUUUGAUUUUUUACGUGAUGUACAUGGCUAGUGAGCAAUAACCUGCCAACAAUAGGACUCUCUAAACCCUUGUAACACUGCCAUUGCCUGAGAUCAGUUGUUGGUAAAUAACGGUGUGAUAUUACUAAUUUAACAACCUCUAUCGAUUUUCAGCAUUAUGAUACCGUGCAGAGUAUUCGCAUGAUUAGUGCCACGGAAGUACUUACUGAGCAAUCGUUUGCGUUCCUGUGACCGUGUGAUUCUUUCCUGACAAGUGUUAUUUCCAUCAUUUUCAUUAGUUUGCGUUAUUCCCAACCAAAUUUGGGAACCAACUUGGUAAGAUGAAUACUACCUACUAGGAACGAGUGCAUAGCGUAUUUAUUUUCCUGCUGCUUGAUGCAUGACAUGAAAUAAAAGACUGGAUUUACGUUGUGGUUUAGCAGAAUCGGAGAAAAUAUCGUUUCCCUGUUGCCUGGUCUUCAGGACCGUCCCGGAGCAUAAGCUGCGCUAUACUUUGUUGAAUUUGCGUGCGAGUUAUAGGUUUAACAUAAACAAUGUGCAUUAUAUAGCGAGAAUAUUUUUGUGUUUGUUUGGUAUGCUCUCUGCGUUAGGAAAGUACAUUAGAUGAAUUAGAAAAAUUGAUGAUUUCCUUGAAA